CCUUUUCUGAUUCAAACGAACACGCCACGCACCCCACGACCUCUUUCACACACGCACCCCGCCUCCUCCUCCUCCUCCUACCCACAUACGAGACCCAACGAAUCAACGAAUUCUAACCUGAACCAAAUUCCAAACGAAACCCUCUGAACGCACACCACUCCACCUGCCACGAACCAACCCCAUCACCCCCAUCUCAUCGCCCACCCUGCCUGCCCUCCUUCUCCAGCCUCUCCGCACGUAAAGACGCCGCAUGGCUGCCACCCCUACCGACUCCUGGCGCAGCCGCACCGCGGCGCCCACGCCCUCCGCCGGCAGCUCUGCCUUCCGCUCCGCGCCCGCCCCCGGCAAAGGCCGCCGCGGCGGGGGAGGUGGAGGAGGCGGUGGGCGCCGUCCACAUACUCCCAGCGAGGCAGGCGGCGCCGACAAGCCUAAGCCCAGCCGUCAGAACUCGAGUGCGGGAGCGCCCGCUGCAGCAGGAGCGAAGCCGGCUGCGAAGGCUCCUGCGGCGAAACCAGCUCCAUCAGGAGCAGGUGGUGCUAAGGCUGCGAAGGCGCCAAAUGGGACGACGAAUGGGAGGCCGCCCUCGAAGACGGAGCAUCACUCGCCUACAGAGUCGGAGAAGAGGACGACUGGGCGAAGGCGCCGUGCCUCGCAGAAUAAGGGUGGUCCACGGCCUGAGUCGAGCGCUAGCAAGUUCAACCCUCCACCACCGCUCACGGAAGUACCGUUGCGGGAGGCUGCGAAGCCCGCUGCGCACGAUCUUCCACCCCAUCUUGCCAAGAACACACCGCCUCAUCUCGCCCAGAGUCACGCCCUCUUCGAAAGUCACCUCGAAGAAGUUGUUCGCCACGCGCGUGAAGGCCUCCUCUCCGCGACCCCUGGCUCCGGUUUCGCGCCCGGCACGCCAGGAGGCGACUGGGCAGCAGACGAUGAUGCGGACGAGCUCCCCGCUCUUGAUGACUGGGGAGUACAUAUCGGUGGCAGUGAUGCUGGCGGUGGAGACAAGCAAGAGGAGACGAAGGCCGAAGUGUCGACAAGCAGUGCCGAGGGCUUGAAACCUGACUGGAAGUCUGGGUUGAAGGCUUUUUCGGGCCCGGAGACUUCCUUGAUUUCGCCCAUAAUCGUGGAUGGCUUGCGCGCGCUGCCAGAUCCGACGGAGACCAUCCCAGUCGGAGACAAGGGCAAGGCCAAAGACGACGGCAAAGCCACGGACCCCAAGGGCAAGGCAACUGCUACGAAACCUCCCGCCCCUGCGAAGAACACGCCCGAGGCGAAAGCAAAGGCCGCGCGAGACGCUAAGGCAGACGCGAAAGCCGCUGCGGCCUUCUUCCUCAGAAGCGCUGCCUUCACCAGCACCGCGAACUCCCCUUUGCCGCCUCCGAAUACGUUGUAUGCGACGAAUAACAACGCUUCGUCGCAUCCAUCGUUGCCUGUCAAGCCCUCUGCGCCGAUUCCGGCGCCAGUGUCGCGUGUGCAUCCUUCGGCGACGCCCAUGCGGGGGAAGAAGGACAGGCAGAAGGAGAAGGAGGCGAGGGACAAGGAGCGGAAUGAGAGGGAGGCGAAGGCAGCGGAUGAAGGGAAGCCUGCUGAAGGCGAGGUGAAACUCACCGAAGAAGCCAAGCCUGCUGACGAGGUCAAGGUUGCCGAUGCACCCAAGACUGAAGAGGUCAAGGCGGAGGAAUCCAAGGCCGCUGAAGCGCUCAAGGUGGAGGAGCAACCCGCGGCCGAACCGUCGCACAAGGUCGCGGAUGAGGCUCAGGCCGUCGCUGCGCAAGAUUCCUCCUCCCUGGGUACGCCUGCUUCCGAGGCCGUGGAAGCAUCUCCUUCCGCUCCUAGCCAAGCUUCAGCGUCCCCUUCCGGCGCUCCUUCCACCCCUCCUCAAGCGCAGCCUCUCCGCAAUCGCUCGCAUACCGCUUCGCGGGUCGUCGGCAACGCGCCCAGCCCUGGACACCGCGCCAGCCCCUCUGCACCGCAGCGCCACGCGCGUGCGCAUUCCGCGUUCCAGGCGGGGCACAUGAGGACGCAGUCCACACCGAGUCCCACUCAUCGUGUGCCCGCUGUGCGUCCGGUCAUUGCAUCGAGUGCGUUGGCGGGUAUUGCUAAGCAGCUCGGAGGCGGCAGCCCAAGGACUGCGGCGGUUGCGUCAAAGCAGUGAGCGGGUAGGAGAAAGCAGGAGGAACGAAGGCGGGGUCUAAAUUAUGUGCUACGAAGGAAGGACCGUGGUACCCAAUAGGUGGCAAACAACGAACGAAAACAAAUCAACGCCCUUUCCCUAGGGCCCCUGUGUACGUCUGCUCGAUCGAACGAAUAUUUUCCCCUCAUCUGUCUGGAUUUUAGUCUGUCUACUACUACAACAUAUUCAUUCGCCCUCAUUCCAUUCAUCUACUGCUACUAGCCAUAUCAUCACAUUUUGUUUUACGCCUUGUAGUGCUCGUGCUUCUGGUCACGUAUCCUGUGCAUUUCUCUCCAGUAAUAAUGUGUAUACCCGCGAUUCGCAGAUUGCCCCUCGGGGGGCAGGUGUCGUGAUUCCUCCUGAAUUCGUUCAAAUUCGCUUCAUAUCUCACCUCUGCUCUCACUGGUCCAACUAGCCAUAUGACUGUAUAAUAAUGACCGCUCAUGGCCUCCUC